UUGGACUCAACCAAGCUCAAUCCAAGGCCUGUUCAGGCCCAAUACAAGCCCGCCUCUCUGGCGAUUCAAAUGGAGAGGGGGAGAGAGUUGCAGAGAAACGAGGGUUUGGUGUAGACUGUAGAGGGAGAUGGCGAAGAACGAAGCGAAAGCGAAAUCUGGGAGGAAGCCAUUCAGGGACAUAUCCAACGGUGGAAAAUCUUCGAAACCUCUCAAGAAGAAAGUUCCCCAAAAUGACGAAAGUGCCCUUGAUCGUCUUCUUCUUGUUCACUCUGAUCUAUCCACUUUCAUUCAUCAGAUUGAUGAACUUGUUGUGCAAGCACUGAAUCUUAAAACAAGCAGCGAAGAGGGUUGGGAAGAAAUCGAAUCUUUCACACAUGUUUUGUCUGAAAUGCUUUCCUCUUUAAAGCCAUGGGCUCCUAGAUUCCAGAAGGCACUCUCACUUCCUUCUGUAAAAUCCGAGAAUCAGUUGGGACAGUCUUCACUGAGUGAAACUGCUGGUAUAAAUGAGUGUGAAACCAAUGUAGUUGACAGUCCUCGUCCAAGCAAGGUGGAAUCACUAGUAUCGCCUUCUCCCCUGGUUUCUUGGCGUGGGGACUGUACUAUUGAGAGAGGAAGACAACUGUUUAUGCUCACACCUUUGCCUAUGCCAAAAGUACUAUCUUCCAAACGGCAGGGCUUAACUAAGUCAUUAUUUGAAAGGGUUAGUUCUAGCACUACAAUUACACUACCAUCUCUUCUUGCUGAUUCUGGAGAUACAAAUCAUGAAAUGCUUGAAGGUGUAGCAAUAAAGCCAACUCCAAGUAAACCCUCUGGUGCUGUUGCAACCAAAACAGGAAGCACUUUCGAGUGUGGGGUUGUUUCUACACCGAUAUUUGGAAAGAGAGAUGGUUCUGUGCUUGUUAUGACACCACGCCUGAAGAUGUCACCUCCUAGAUCUUGUGUUUUGCUUGAACCAAUAUCUGAGUCUUAUCACCAAGAAAAUGAUAAGUAUAAGAUCCGUAAGUCAACCCCAUUUCCUGUUGGAGUUCAAAAUUUUGGUGGAUCAGAGUCACCUGAUUCUUCAAGCAAUGAAGCUCCUGAGAAUCUGGCUUUAAAAUAUCCAGAGCUUUUCGGAAUACAAUUGACUCAUAAAAUAGGCAUUGGAAAGAAAGAGGUAGAAGAAUCACCAGAUUGGUUUAUGUCACCUCUCAAAACUUGUGUUUUAAUGGAUCCUUCCAAUGAGAAAUCACUGAAAAGUAUUGCUCCUGGUUGCCCAUUGCCAAGAACUGCCAGUGUCCUAGAUCAGAAAACACACCUGCCUUCAGGAAAAGAAAAUGAUGUUCAAGGUGGUUGUCAUCUGACUAACAAAUCUGGUAACCAAGAACUCCUUGGUAGCAGCUUAGCACUAGUGGAAAGCACUCCCUUGUGGAAGGAGCCAGAGAGCACAAUUCGGAUGGGCAAGCGUCCUGGGGAGAAUACUCUAAAAAAGGAGCUGUGGACAAAGUUUGAAGCAGCAUCUACUAAUGGGCUUCAUUUAAACGGCUCUGUCUUUGAAGAAACUACCGAAAAGGGAUUCCUUGAGAGAUUGGACGAGGCUUGGUGCGAUGAGGUUGGCUCAUCAGCUGAGGGUUUGAGAUAACUCUACUCUCCAUGUUGAAAUACAUUUUUGUAAAUGGUGAUAUGUUUUGUCACUUUGUGGAAGUGUUCAAAGCCUGAGUAAGCCCUUUGUUGUAUUCCUGUUGCAUUACUACCAUCUAUAUUUCUUGUAUCUUGGGAUGCUUAAGGAACAUAUAUGCAUCUCCUUCAUAAAUUCAAAAUUUUGUUUCUUGCUGCUCA